AUGAAUCACUGUAAUGAAUGUGAAAAAGCUUACACAUAUACCAAUUAUCUUUGCAGCCAUGAAAAACCACAUACUAGUGAGAUCCCCUAUGAAUGUAAUCAGUGUGGUAAAGCGUUUAAACGUUGCUGUGAUCUCCAGAGUAGUCUCCAAAAUCAUAAAAGGACACACACUGGAGAGAAACCCUUUGAAUGUAAUCAAUGUGGUAAAGCCUUUGCAGAUCUCAGUAACUGCCAGAGCCAUAAAAGAAUUCAUAGUGGAGAGAAACCCUAUGAAUGUCAUCAAUGUGGUAAAGCCUUUUCACAACUCAGUAGUCUCCAAAAGCAUAAAAGAACACAUACUGGAGAGGAACCCUAUGCAUGUAAUCAGUGUGAUAAAGCAUUUUCUCAUUGCUGUGAUCUCCAGAGACAUGAAAGAAUUCAUACUGGAGAGAAGCCCUAUGAAUGUAACCAAUGUGGCAAAGCCUUUUCACAUCCCAGUAGUCUCCAAAGUCAUAAAAGAAGGCAUGAAAGAAUUCAUGCUGCUAAGAAAUCCUAUGAAUGUAGUCAAUGUGGUAAAGUCAUUGCACAUUCCAGUGACCUUCGAAGGCAUGAAAGAAUUCAUACUGGAGAGAAAGCCUACAUAUGUAAUCAAUGUAAUCAAUGCCUUUGCACGAUGUUGUGA